ACCAUGUUACCUACAUGUACCUAAAACAGUGUAUUCCUCCUCUGUGUCUCCAGAUCACACUGAGAAGUGCUCCACUAUGCCCGACUCACCUGCGGAUGUGAAAGCACAAUCCAGGUUAACUCCAACCACCAUGCCUCCUCCUCCUCCAACCACCCAGGGAGCCCCUCGAACCAGCUCCUUCACACCUACUACAUUAACCAACGGCAACAACAGCCACUCCCCCACGGCGUUGAACGGAGCGCCUUCGCCACCAAAUGGCUUCAGCAACGGCCCUAGCUCCUCCUGCUCUUCUUCGCUGGCCAAUAAGCAACUCCCUCCAGCGUGUGGCGCCCGGCAGCUCAGCAAGCUGAAACGCUUCCUCACCACACUACAGCAGUUCGGCAACGACAUCUCGCCAGAGAUCGGAGAACGCGUCCGCACUCUGGUGCUGGGGCUGGUGAAUUCAACGUUAACCAUAGAGGAAUUCCACUCCAAGUUGCAAGAAGCGACCAACUUCCCUCUCCGACCUUUUGUCAUCCCGUUCCUGAAGGCCAACCUGCCACUCCUACAGCGGGAACUGCUGCACUGUGCCCGUCUGGCCAAGCAGAACCCAGCUCAGUACCUGGCACAACACGAACAGCUCCUCCUGGACACCUCCUCCACCACCUCCCCCGUCGACUCCUCAGAACUACUCCUAGACCUCAACGACAACGGCAAGAGGAGAACACCUGACAGAACCAAAGUGAACGGCUUUGACAGGGAUGGCCCCCUGCACCUGGAGACCUCCAGUAAGAGACUCUGUACGAUCAGCCCGGCAGGCCAAAGGUUCAGCCCCUCCAACGGUCUCUCCUACCAACCUAACGGCCUGGCCCAUGGACACCCCACGCCGCCCCCCCCCGCCCCCCUCCUCCUCCUCCUCCUCCUCCUGUCCUCCCCACAGCACUACCGGCUGGACGACAUGGCCAUCACACACCAUUACAGAGACUCACCACACUACCGCCACCCCAACCACAACCACCGCGAGCUCAGGGAGAGACCACGGCCACUGGGAAUGCACGGGGCUCGUCAGGAAGAGGUGAUCGACCACCGGUUGACAGACAGAGAAUGGGGGGAGGAAUGGAAGCACCUUGACCAUGUAAGAAAACUGCUGAACUGCAUCAUGGACAUGGUGGAGAAGACGAGGCGUUCUCUCACCGUGCUGCGGCGCUGCCAGGAGGCCGACAGGGAGGAGCUUAACUACUGGAUCAGACGAUACAGCGACGCGGACGACCUGAAAAAAGGAGCCAGCAGGACCCAGAGCAGACAGCACAGUCCUACAGGACAGGACGACCUCACUACAGAGAUUCACCAGGAGAUUCUCAACAGACCAAUGACGACCGGAUACGUACCUGAAGAGAUCUGGAAGAAAGCCGAAGAGGCUGUGAAUGAGGUGAAGCGCCAGGCCAUGUCAGAGCUCCAGAAGGCGGUUUCAGAGGCGGAGAGGAAGGCCCAUCAGAUGAUCAGCUCAGAACGGUCCAAGAUGGAGCGUACGGUGGCAGAGGCCAAGAGACAGGCAGCGGAGGACGCACUGACUGUCAUCAACCAGCAGGAGGACUCCAGCGAGAGUUGUUGGAACUGCGGGCGGAAGGCGAGCGAGACCUGCAGUGGCUGUAACACGGCGCGUUACUGCGGCUCCUUCUGCCAACACAAGGACUGGGAGAAACACCACCAGGUGUGUGGCCAGACCCUCCAGGCCUCCAAGGCAGCCCAGCAGCAGGGUACAGAGACCUCCGCUCCCAUCAGCUCCUCCACUACGCCCUCUAGUGGAGGAGGCAGCCCAGCCGGAACCCCGCCCAUCGCCUCACCCCGCUCCGACACCCCAGGAACCCCCUGUACGCUGGAAACCACGCUGCACUAAA